AUGUCUACGGAUCAAUCUAAUAAUAAUAGAAAAUCUGAAGCCCAAAUUAAUACAGAGAAGGUUAAUGCAGCUAUACAAAUAAUAGAAAAGAAAAAAUAUGAAAGCAACAGUAAUAAUAAUACAUCAAGUGUGACCAAUUCUAAUUCUAAUGGUGAUUCAUCCUCAACUGGUAAUAAAUUGCUGCAACAUGCUCAGGAUUCUUAUACUUUAGAAGAUGGAACAAUUGUUUCUACUAAAGAAAGAGUCGUUAAAAAGGUGAAUCCUGUAGCGAAACGUGCACCAACUGAUGAAGAAUUAUUCGAUCCUGUAACAGAUUUACCAAAUCAUGAAUUCUUAAAAGAACAUUUUAAAAAAGAAGGAAGAUUGACAGAUUCACAAGCUUUGAAAAUAUUAAGAAUGGCUACUACUUGUUUAACUAAUGAACCAAAUUUAUUGACAGUUCCUGCCCCGAUAACUGUUUGUGGUGAUAUUCAUGGUCAAUACUAUGAUCUUUUAAAAUUAUUUGAAGUAGGUGGACAUCCAAAAGAUACUCCGUAUUUAUUUUUAGGUGAUUAUGUCGAUAGAGGUCUAUUUUCAUUUGAAUGUUUAAUUUAUUUAUAUUCUUUGAAAUUAAAUUUCCCAGAUACUUUUUGGUUAUUAAGAGGUAACCAUGAAUGUAAACAUUUAACAUCUUAUUUUACAUUUAAAAAUGAAUGUUUACAUAAAUAUAAUUUAGAAAUUUUUGAAGCAUGUUGUCAUUCAUUUAACGCAUUACCAUUAGCAGCUAUUAUGAAUGGCCAAUAUUUCUGUGUUCAUGGUGGUAUAUCUCCAGAAUUGAAGACUGUUAAUGAUAUUAAUCAAUUAAAUAGAUUUAAAGAAAUUCCUUCAAGAGGUUUAAUGUGUGACUUAGUAUGGGCAGAUCCACUUGAAUCAUACGAUGAAGUAGAUCCAAAUGUUACUGAUGAAGAUGAUGAGUUAGCAAUUAAAUUAAUUAACGAAAAUGAUUAUAAUGCAAUUAACAAAUAUUUUACUCCAAAUCAAGUUAGAGGUUGUUCAUAUGCGUUCAGUUAUCAAGCAUCGUGUGCAUUUUUACAAAGAACUGGUCUAUUAUCAAUCAUAAGAGCACACGAAGCUCAGGAUGCAGGUUAUAGAAUGUAUAGAAACACAAAAACAUUAGGAUUUCCAAGUUUAUUAACACUUUUCAGUGCUCCAAAUUAUUUAGAUACUUAUAGGAAUAAAGCUGCGGUAUUGAAAUAUGAAAACAAUGUUAUGAAUAUUCGUCAAUUUAAUAUGUCACCACAUCCUUAUUGGUUACCUGAUUUCAUGGAUGUAUUCACUUGGUCUUUACCAUUUGUUGGUGAAAAGGUUACUGAAAUGCUAGUCGCUAUAUUGAAUAUUUGUACAGAGGAUGAAUUAGAAGAAGAGACACCUUUAAUUGAAGAAGAUUUAGUGAAGGAGCCAUCUACACAAACUCCUCAAGUUAAAGUGAGUAAACCGCCAACAGCAAAUAUUAGUGAUAGCAAUACUCAACAAAUGAAGUCUUCUAUUUUAGAUGAUGAUAAGAGAAGAAAAGCAUUAAGGAAUAAAAUUUUGGCAAUCGCUAAAGUUUCAAGAAUGUAUUCUGUAUUGAGACAAGAAAGUGAUAAAGUUCAGUAUUUGAAAAGUAUGAACGAUGGUAUGUUACCUCGUGGUGCUUUAGCACAUGGUUCCAAAGGGUUAGAAGAGACAUUGUCUCAUUUCGAGAGGGCAAGAAAGGAAGAUCUAGUGAAUGAAAAACUGCCUCCAUCCUUAGAAGAUGUUAAAAGGGAAAAAGAUAAAUAUUAUAAUGACAUUCUAAGGAGAGCCAGUAGCGAAAAACGAUAA